UGCCUGCUUUGCCCACACCAACGUAUUUCCUCCAAAUUCCUUAGUUGGGUAAGAGUUUGUUAAGUUUUUUUGAUAUAAAAAUGGCUGCAAGUGCUGCUGCUUUCCCCAUUCUUUCGAUCUCUGCUUUCAUACUCAAAUAUUGGAGUUAAAGUCAGUAUCAACCAUGGCCUUCAUUUGUGAGAUUGCUUCAUAUGACCAUAUUGUGAAAGACGAGAAAAGCAUUAGUACUAGUAAAAUACUAGUGAUUGGAGUCACUGGUUAUAUUGGUCGCUUAGUUGCUCUUGCAGCUGUAGCUGCAGGCCAUCCUACUUAUGCUCUAAUAAGACCCAUUACUGCCUUUGAUGCUGCCAAAGAAAAGUGCCUCCAUGAAUUGAAAGAUUCUGGUGUUAACAUUAUCUAUGGAGAUUUAAACGAUCACAAUUCAAUGGUGAAGGCUAUGCAAGGCAUCGAUGUUGUUAUUUCUAUUGUAGGCGGCGCUCAACUUACAGAUCAGCUGAAGAUUGUAGACGCCAUUAAAGAAAUUGGCACGGUUAAGAGGUUUCUUAUUUCAGAAUUUGGGCAUGAUAUAGACGGAGCCAAUCCAGUGGAGCCAGGGCUAAGCUUUUACAAAGAAAAGAGACUUAUUAGGAGGGCAGUAGAGGCAGCCAACAUUCCAUACACUUACAUCUGCUGCAAUUCCAUUGCUGGGUGGCCUUACUUUUAUCAUACCCAUCCCUCUGAGCUUCCUCCUCCCCAAGACCAAUUUGAAAUCUAUGGAGAUGGAAAAAUCAAGGCAUACUUUGUAACUGGGGAAGACAUUGGAAAGUACACCAUAAAGACUGUGGAGGAUGUCCGGACUGUUAACAAAAUUGUGCAUUUCAGACCACCCAAGAACUUUCUCACACUUAAUGAGCUUGCAGCAUUUUGGGAGAAGAAGAUUGGAAAAACUCUUCCUCGGGUUUGUAUCUCAGAACAAGAUCUCUUGGACUUAGCCAAAGCCAACAAUAUUCCAGAGAGCAUAGUGGCUUCCCUGACACAUGACAUCUUCAUUAAUGGGUGUCAAUACAAUUUUAAAAUGGAAGAGCCCAAAGACGUGGAAGUUUGUGAGCUUUAUCCAGAGAUUCUUUACACUACAGUCCAAGAUUUCUUUGAUGGGUACCUUUGAAUUUCAGUAUAAUCAACCGUUCAAUACAGCUUACGGAGCAUUGAAUAAGUUUAUUGGAAUGUUUUGUGUCUACAGUUAGGUAGUGCAGUGUGAAACUCUAGAUCUAUCGAAUUCUGUGGCAGAAAAAUCUCAAAAAAAUCCAUGGAACUUCCGCGUAUUUUUUUAUAGUUUGUUCAUCAAUGUCUUAAUUGGAAUGAAAAUUACUUAUUUUUAGAUCAAA